AUGACGCUUCAAUACGCCUUCAACAUGCACAAAGUAAACCUCAUAUCAAGAAUGGAUGUGCAUGCCGUGGUCUCAAUCUCGGGCGGUGAUAAGUACUCGAAGCAAAAGACCAAAACGCCCUCCGACACUGCCGGGGGCAACAACCAGACUUGGGGCUUCCCGAUGAAGUUCACGGUGGAGGAGGCGUCUCUGCAGCAGAACUGCCUCCUCGACUUCAAGCUCGUCUGCAGAAGGGCUUUGGGGGACAAAAUCACCGAUCGGGUCAGCGUGCCCGUGAAAGAGCUCUUUGAUGGUUGGGAAGGCGGGAGGAAGUUCGUGAGCUACAAAGGGAGGAAUCCCGACGGGAAGCUGAAAGGUCAACUCACGUUUUCAUAUCAGUUCAUAGGAAAUGGUUUCAUCGGCGCAGACCUGCUGUCGAUGUACCCAUUGGUCAGUGUGGAGCCAUUAGGGUUUAUUCUCAGGUGGCGAAGACAGGUGGUGUAUAUUUUUUGCCGUUUGGGGGUGGCUCGUCGGCUGGAGGUCUCAUGUCGCCAGCCGGGUACAACCAUGGACAAUUGUUAG